GCUCCCUUUAUAUACGCACGAGAACGCAACGGAGAAGAAAACCACGAAGGCCACGAGAGAGAGGGAACUGCAACGCGAGCAGAGAGAAGAAGGCGCGCCAAGAAGACAGCAAUGGGGGAAGCGCCAUGCGUCGCCGCGCCACGCCGUGCCGCCCCGCGCUUCCACCUGCCUCGCCACGGCCGCCGGAAGGUCCUCGUCGUCCAGCUCGGCAGUGGCGCCGCAGGCACCAGGGCGGCUUGCGGACGCGGGCGCCGGCUCAGGUGGUGGCUCCGCCGCGCGGUGUGGCGCCUCGCGGAGCUCUGCUGCGUCGCGGCGCUGCCGGGCCACCCGGGAGGGCCCACCGCCCCGGCGUCGUGGGCUGGCGUCGAGCCGCACUUCGCUGCGCCCUUCGUCCCCGUCGCGCUGAUGAAGCGCUCGUGGGUACAGGACUAGCCGGCCGGCCGGCUGGCUGCUGCGUGCGCCACGAUGCAGAAGUCAGAAGUGAACGCAGCAUUGGCUGUGUACCGUGGCGCGUCGACGCGUGAUGGUCUCUGAAGACUACACGCAUGAUAUAUGCAUCUGAUGCAAGCCACAGCAGCUGAAUCACGUACAGGCCUGGGCUCACCGAUGUGUUCUUUUCAUCUUCCUCCUCCUCCUCUUGUCUUGGCAACGAAAGGAGCAUGCAGUAUUGCAUGCGAACCUGUGCGCCGCGCGCUGCAAUUCCAAUCAUACGGACGUUGUAGAUUCUUUCCGAUCGAUUCCUUGUGUUGCUCAGAAGAAGAAAAACGUAGCUCGGUCACGGAAUCUGACUGGUCAUGGAGUAUCAUAGCGAUUAUACUGUUUACAAGUACUUUAGCAUCAACUCUUAUCCAAUGCAUUGGGAUCUUCACUUCA